AUGGACAGCCGCUACGCACAAAUCGACGCGGCCGAAAAAGAGCGCCUGCCGCGCGCCUCCUCAGAAUCAGACAUUACGCUGCUGGACCACGGCGAGAGCAAGACGCGCGUGCGGCUCGGCCCGCUGUGGCUCUGGAUCCUGCAAGUUGCGCUGCUGCUCACGUCGCUGGUCUUCUUCGCCGCGGGCUUGGUGAUACGGCCGUCGACGCGCACAUACGUUGAGCGCUUUUCCGCGUGGACCCCCGCCGCCGAAGCAAUCUCCUACCACACCACGAUCCUCAACUCCACCGACGUGUACUCCUCGCCCUACGCGGGCGCCGGGCCCGAAGUCGACCACGCCUGGGAGCACAUCACCACGCACCUCGGCGACCAGGCAAUCUCCGCCGCCGAACUCGCCAACCUCAACAAAUCCGCAGCGACGCACCUGCGCACGCCCGACAACGCAGCCACAGGCGCCCCGGCCGGCUUCCGCGUCGAGCUCGCCGUCGCGCAUCACCUGCACUGCCUGAACCUGCUGCGCCAGGCCGUACACCCGGAAGCGUACAGCGCGCCGCAGGGGGGCGAGUACCGGCAUGGGGCAGCGCUGAUGACGGAGCGGGAGAAGCGGGCGCAUUUGGACCACUGCAUCGAGUCCCUCCGCCAAAAACUCACCUGCGACGCCGACGUCUCGGUGCUGACCUACUUCGCCGAGCCCGACAUGCACGGCGCCCUGCGUCCGGACUACGCGUCUUCGGCCGUGUGUCGGGAUUUCGAGCGCGUGCGCGCUUGGGCGGUCGCGAACAAGGUUGCGGAUAAGGAGGUUUUUUAG